AUGUCUGGGAUGAAGAGAGUGAUCGCGGAGAAGGACCCCGACUACGAGGAGAUCACCGUCACGCACCCCAGCAAGCGGCACAAGGCGGCCGAGCAGUCGGCUCGAGAUGUUGCUGUGCAGAAGAUUGAGACGAUUAUAAAAGAACAAUUUGCCGUCGAAAUGAAGAGUAAAGAACAUGAAAUUGAAGUUAUAGAUCAGCGCCUGAUUGAAGCAAGAAGGAUGAUGGAUAAGUUGCGUGCCUGUAUUGUGGCUAACUAUUACGCAUCUGCUGGUCUCCUUAAAGCUGGAGAGGGGACCAGGUCAUGUGAUACAACAAUUCUUAAUCACCCUUCAAUCAAGAAAUUCUUGGAAUCGCCCUCCAGAUCGUCAUCUCCAGCUAACCAGGGCUCAGACACUCCAUCUGCCAACCACUCCGAGAGUGACUCACUCUCUCAGCACAAUGACUUUCUCCUAGACAAAGACAAUGGCAACUUGGACGCAGACGAGCGGCUGACAAGCAGCCUGGACCAGAGACAGAACAGAAAUGGCAGCCGGGACAGUUCGGGUGUUUCAAGCUCUCAAAAACCAGGACAACGAAAUGCUGGACUGUCAAAUGAUGAAACUUCGCGACUUUAUGUGAAGAAAACAAUUGUGGUUGGCAAUGUUUCCAAGUACAUUCCCCCUGACAAGAGAGAAGAAAAUGAUCAGUCGACCCAUAAAUGGAUGGUGUACGUCCGAGGCUCUCGGAGAGAACCCAGCAUAAAUCAUUUUGUCAAGAAAGUUUGGUUCUUUCUCCAUCCCAGUUACAAACCUAAUGAUCUGGUAGAAGUAAGAGAACCUCCAUUUCACCUAACGAGGAGAGGCUGGGGAGAAUUUCCUGUGAGAGUCCAGAUACACUUCAAGGAUAGCCAGAACAAGAGGAUCGAUAUCAUACACAAUUUGAAGCUGGACAGGACCUACACAGGCCUGCAGACACUUGGUGCAGAAACGGUGGUGGAUGUGGAGUUACAUAGGCAUUCCCUUGGCGAAGAGUAUCUCUUCUCUCAGUCUUCAGAGUCUGACCUCUCUGACGUUCCUACAUCUUUACCACUGCCACUGAGUAUCCCAGCACCAGUCAAAGCUUCUUCACCAAUUAAACAGUUGCGGGACUCCAGCCCCGAUGCUUCUGUGGAGAAAGGAUUCUCUGGGAAUGCUGAAACCGAAAGACAUGCCACGUUUUAUUCCCUGCCAUCUUCGAUAGAACGGACACCCACCAAGUUAGCCACACAGAAAGUUGCCUUUGGCUCUCAUGGAAAUUCAGCUUUUCAACCCAUUGCAGCUAGCUGUAAAAUAGUGCCUCAAGGUCAGAGUCCAAGCCCUGCAGAGUCGCCAGGAAAAUCCUUCCAGCCUAUCACCAUGAGUUGCAAGAUUGUAUCAGGUUCUCCAAUAUCGACCCCUAGUCCAUCUCCGCUACCUCGUACCCCAACCUCCACUCCGGUGCACAUGAAGCAAGGCUCUGCUAGUUCAGUCAUUAAUAAUCCGUAUAUUAUUGUGGACAAGCCUGGACAGAUGGUUGGAGCAGCAGCCACAAGCACAGGGAGCCCAACCAGCAAGCUGACCAGUGUUUGUCAGGCCUCUCACGGAACUGGAUCUCCUGUAUCAAAGACUCAUGGGAGCAGUUUUGUCACCUCAGCUGUCAAGCAGGAGGAUUCUUUGUUUGCCACCAUGCCACCCCUUUGUCCCAUUGGGAGUCAUUCCAAGGUGCAAAGCCCCAAAUCAGUCACUGGAGGACUUGGAGCUUUUACAAAGGUGAUAAUAAAGCAGGAGCCGGGAGAGCUGCCCCAGCAGCCCCAACUACCAGCGGCAGGGACGACCACGCAGACCUCUGUGCAGCAGUAUGUCACUGUAAAAGGGAGCCACAUGUUAGCCUUGUCACCGCAGAAGCCAGUUGUGAGCACAGGCGAGGGCACGGUGCAGUCUAAGGUUGUUGGCGUUCCAGUUGGUUCUGCUUUACAGUCAACAGUGAAACAAGCGGUGGCUAUCAGUGGUGGCCAGAUACUUGUGGCAAAAUCUAGCUCUUCGGUAGCAAAGGCUGUUGGUCCAAAGCAGGUUGUGACGCAAGGUGUAGCCAAAGCGAUCGUGAGUGGAGGCGGAGGGACAAUUGUUGCUCAGCCCGUGCAGACUAUAACAAAGGCGCAAGUUUCUUCCACAGGUGCUCAGAAAAGUACAUCUCAAGGCUCAGUGAUGGCUACGCUGCAGUUACCAGCCACCAACCUGGCAAACUUGGCAAACUUACCACCAGGCACCAAACUGUACCUCACCACCAACAGCAAGAAUCCUUCUGGGAAAGGAAAACUGCUUCUGAUACCCCAAGGAGCCAUACUGCGAGCCACAAAUAAUGCUAGUCUCCAGUCUGGUUCUUCUACAAAUAGUGGAGGAGGAGGAGGAACCCAAAGCACAAGCAGUAACUUGUCGCAGCACCUCACCUAUACAUCCUACAUCCUGAAGCAGACACCCCAGGGCACCUUUCUGGUCGGCCAGCCUUCUCCUCAGAGUUCUGGGAAGCAGCUGAAUCCAGCUUCAGUUGUUCAGGGCAGUGUAGGAGUUGGAGCGUCUUCCACACAGGGACAAGCAUUAAAAGUGAUAACUGGACAGAAAACAGCUCUAUUUACACAGACUGCACCCAGUGGACAGACGUCAUUGGUGAAGAUAUCAGAUGGGUCUGUAAAAUCAGUGCCUGCCUCGUCCCAGCUCUCCAAACCUGGCACCACUGUGCUGAGAGUAUCAGGAGGUGUUAUCACCACAGCUGCUGCUCCUGCCAUGGCCGUUCCCACAAACGGGGUGGCCCAGCAAAUAGAUAAUGCGGGUUCCAGUUCAUCGUCUUCUGGAACUCCUACAGCCAAGACAUCUGGACAACAACACCAAAUCUGUAUAAGCCAGAGCCCGUCAACUUCAUCAGUAGUGAAUAAGACGGCUACUUCCACUGUUGUAAGUGUUGCUUCUCUGAUGACUACACCAACGCCUGUGACUGGAAAAGCUGCAGUAUCAGGGUUGCUAAAAAUCCACUCAAAUCAGUCUAGUCCACAGCAGGCUGUUCUGACAGUUCCCAGCCAGCUUAAACAGCUCGGUGUAAACACAGCUUCUGGAGGUGUUCAGACAAUACUCAUGCCUAUGAACAAAGUGAUACAGUCGCUUUCUACCAGCAAAGUUUCAGCUGUUACAGCUGUCACAGCAGCAAGUACGGUUGUCCCUACUUCCCCUACAGCAUCCAUCACUAAAGUUAAGAUGGAGCCUGAUUCAAAAAACAGCAGUUCUGUGGGUACCCAAGAAGGCCAACCAGCAGUAAAACCAGAAGAGAGCUCCGAACUUGGGAAUUACGUUAUCAACAUAGAAUAUUUGGAGAAUGUCCAGCAGCUUUUAACAGCAAUAGUGAAGAAGGUUCCAUUAAUUGCUGAAAAAAGUGAAGACGUGAGCUCUUUUUGUGCCAGUUCAGUGGAACAGUAUUACAGCUGGAAUAUUGGGAAGAGGAGGGCAGCCGAGUGGCAACGAGCGAUGACAGUGAGAAAGAUCCUACAAGAAAUCAUAGAAAAGCACCCCAGGUUUCACAAUAUUACACCUCUGAAAACAAAGCAUGUGGUGCACUGGUGUCGAUGCCAUGGCUACACUCCACCUGACCCUGAGACCUUGCGGAACGAUGAGGACUCGAUUGAAGAUGUGCUGACACAGAUAGACAGUGAGCCAGAAUGCCCUUCAUCUUACAGCAGUGGUGAGGAGCUGUGCCGAAAACUAGAGGAACUACAGCAAUUUCUGAAACGAGAACCAGAACACGAAGAGGAAGUAGAUGUUCUCAACUUUAGCGAGCCAUUAAAAAUAAACAUUAAGAAAGAACAGGAGGAGAAACAAGAGGAGAUGAAGUUCUACUUGGCUUCCUUGCCUGCAUCAGAGUUUGUGAGGGACACUGCAGAGAAGAUAGGGAUUUCUUUUCAGCCUGCUGAGGUGCAAAAGAAUGUUUAUGCAUCAGUAAUAGAAGAUAUGAUUUUAAAGGCCACCGAACAGCUUAUGAGUGAUAUCCUACGGCAAGCACUGGCUGUGGCAUACCAGACAGCUCCUCACAACAGGACUCCAAGAGAGAUCACAGUGAUGAAUAUUCACAAAGCCAUCUGUAAUAUUCCCUUUCUUGACUUCCUCACAAACAAACAUAUGAAGAUACUAAACGAGGAGCAAUGAAAUAGAGCAGAGAAGAUGCUACAGGAAAGGUGGAUUUAUGACUGAAGUUGGGUUGACAAAUCCAGUAUUUCUGUAGGACACUAUUAUAUACACUUAUAAUAUUGGGCUACUAGAUUGUUACCUCCAAUUAAAGAUGCACCUUAAAGCAACAACAUGAUGCUCUGUUCCAAAUCAAGUUGUUAAAUGUCAGUGUUUACUUGGUAAGUGUAUGUUCAGUGGCUGAACAAACAUUGUCAGUUUGCAUCAAGUUGCUAGCUGUGAGAGACUCCACAGGCCUGGUCCCUCUGAGACAGCUGAAUUGAUGAG